CGCCGCUCCGCAUCAUCAUCAUCAUCAGCAGCAGCAGCAGCAGGGAUGUCCGCGAGCUCCGCGUUCAGCGAUGAGAAAGGAGGCUCGGCCAGCGAGCCCGAGUACGGUCACGAUCCGGCCAGCGGCGGCAUCUUCUCCUCCGACUACAAGAGACACGAUGACCUGAAGGAGAUGCUGGACAGUAAUAAAGACUCGUUGAAGCUGGAGGCCAUGAAGCGUAUUGUUGCGAUGAUCGCCCGGGGGAAGAACGCCUCAGAUCUCUUCCCUGCAGUGGUGAAGAACGUGGCCUGUAAGAACAUCGAGGUGAAGAAGCUGGUGUACGUGUAUCUCGUGCGCUACGCUGAAGAACAGCAGGAUCUCGCUCUGUUGUCCAUUUCCACCUUCCAGAGAGGACUGAAGGACCCCAACCAGCUGAUCCGCGCAAGUGCCCUGCGUGUGCUGUCCAGCAUCAGAGUGACCAUCAUCGUGCCCAUCAUGAUGUUAGCCAUCAAAGAGGCAGCGUCUGACAUGUCUCCAUACGUCCGCAAGACCGCAGCUCAUGCCAUACCCAAACUACACAGUCUGGACCCAGAACAGAAAGAUCAGUUGAUUGAAGUCAUCGAGAAGCUGCUGGCUGAUAAAACCACACUGGUAGCAGGCAGUGUGGUGAUGGCAUUUGAGGAAGUGUGUCCGGACCGCAUCGAUCUGAUCCAUAAGAACUACCGUAAGCUGUGUAACCUGUUGAUUGACGUGGAGGAGUGGGGUCAGGUGGUGAUCAUCAACAUGCUCACGCGCUACGCCAGAACACAGUUCCUCAACCCCAACAUCAAUGAGUCUCUGUUGGAGGAGAACAGCGAGAAGGCCUUCUACGCCUCUGAUGAUGAGGAAGAGGAAGAUAAGAAAGCUGAGCCGGCCACUCUAGCGAAGAGGAAGCCGUAUGUGAUGGACCCCGAUCACAGACUCCUACUGAGGAACACCAAACCCCUGCUGCAGAGCCGCAACGCUGCUGUGGUGAUGGCAGUAGCUCAGUUGUACUUCCAUUUGGCUCCUAAAGCAGAGGUGGGCAUCAUUGCUAAGGCACUGGUCAGGUUAAUGCGCAGCCACAGUGAAGUGCAGUACGUCGUGCUUCAGAACGUUGCCACGAUGAGCAUCAAAAGACGAGGAAUGUUUGAGCCGUAUCUGAAGAGUUUUUAUAUCCGCUCCACGGACCCGACGCAGAUCAAAGUCCUCAAGCUGGAGGUUUUGACUAAUUUGGCUAAUGAGACGAACAUCUCCACCAUCCUGAGAGAAUUUCAGACAUAUAUUAAGAGCAUGGAUAAGGAUUUUGUGGCGGCCAGCAUUCAGGCCAUAGGUCGCUGUGCUACAAACAUCGGUGAAGUCAGAGACACCUGUCUGAACGGCCUCGUACAGCUGCUGUCCAAUAGAGACGAGUUGGUCGUGGCGGAAUCAGUGGUGGUGAUCAAAAAGCUUCUGCAGAUGCAGCCUGAACAGCACAGCGACAUCAUCAAACACAUGGCCAAACUCAUCGACAACAUCCAGGUGCCCAUGGCCCGAGCGAGCAUCCUGUGGCUGAUCGGAGAAUACUGCGAACACGUCCCCAAAAUCGCCCCCGACGUCCUGAGAAAGAUGGCCAAGAGCUUCACCAAUGAGGAAGACAUUGUCAAGCUGCAGAUUAUCAAUCUGGCUGCCAAACUGUACCUUACUAACUCAAAACAGAGUAAACUGUUGACGCAGUAUGUACUGAACCUGGCAAAAUAUGAUCAAAACUAUGACAUCAGAGAUCGUGCCCGCUUUAUCCGCCAGCUCAUUGUGCCCACCGAUAAGAGCGGCGCUCUUAGCAAAUAUGCCAAGAAGCUUUUCCUUGCACUCAAGCCUGCCCCCGUCCUGGAGUCUCCAUUUAAAGACAGAGAUCACUUCCAGCUGGGAUCACUGUCUCAUCUGCUGAAUGCUAAAGCCGCCGGAUACCAGGAGCUGCCCAACUGGCCUGAAUCGGCACCCGACCCAUCUGUGCGCAACGUGGAGAUUCCAGAUUGGAGCAAAUGCUCAAGCCGGAAGGAUCGUAAGGAGAAGAAAGUAGAGAAACCGUUCUAUUCGGACUCCGAAGGAGAAUCUGUUCCUACUGAAUCAGCAGAUAGCGAAUCAGACUCGGGCAGCGGUUCGGCAAGCGCUAGCGGCAGUGAUGAAAGCGGUUCCGGUUCAGAGAGUGAAGAGAGCGGAGAAGAGACAGAGUCUGACGAGGAAGAGGAAGAUGAGGAGGAGGAAAAGAAAAAAAGGAAGAAGCUGGACAAGACCAAAGCAAAGAAGCAAGCAGAGGAGAGUGCAGAGAGCGAGCAGAGCAGCAGUGCCGAGGACAGGAAGCGUGGCAGGAAGGCAGUGAAGAAUCAGAAAAGUGCUUCAGAAUCAGAGAGCGAAUCAGAGAGCAGCGAAUCAGAGGAGGAGUCGGAGGAGGAGUCAGAGGAGGAGUCUGAGUCCGACACCAACGUCAGGAAGAAGAGGACGCCGGUAUUAAAACAACCUCCCAAACAAUCCAAAAAAGAGAGCAAGAAGGAGACGCAGGAAAUGUCUUUGCUGGAUCUGGAUGACUAUGAACCAGCUCCAGCGUCGGCUUCAGUGACUCCGGUUAACUUCCUGUCCAGUAGUCUGGUGUCUGAUCUGGAGGGUUUGUCACUGACUGACACCAUUCUUGCACCUACAACCCUUGCACCUUCAGGUUCGAUAAAGAUGUAUGAGCUCCUGCAUCGUAUAAAGGGUGAGGGUCUUGCGGUUGAGUAUUGCUUCAGCCGCCAGCCCUUCAGUCCAGAGCCCAAUAUGGUGGCCGUCCAGAUCCAGUUCACCAACAACACCAACUCCGAGACCAAAAACCUGCACAUCGAGGAUCCCAGGCUGCAGUCUGGGAUGAGGAUCCGAGAGUUCGCUGAGAUAGACGUGCUAGCAGCAGGUGAAUCGGUUACCGUGGUGAUGGGCAUAGAUUUCUGUGAUUCCACGCAAGCAGCAAACUUCCAGCUGUGUACUCACACCCGCAAGUUCUUCGUUUCCAUCCAGCCGCCCGUCGGGGAGCUAAUGACACCUGUGUUUCUGACAGAAAAUGACUUCAAGAAGGAGCAAGGUAAACUGAUGGGAAUGAAUGAAAUCCUGGAGAAGCUGACGCUGGGAGAGAAAUGCGUGAACGAACACGUCAUCGUUGAGAGAGUCACGGCCACCGCCAACUUGAGCAGAGUACCAUGCGGUUCAGAUAAAGAGUGCAGAUUCGCAGGUAAAACGGUCAGCAGCGGUUGUCUCGUGCUGGUCACCGUAACUACAAAAGGCGGCGGAGCUCAGUUGACGGUGAACUGUGAGAAGAUGUUGAUCGGCACAAUGCUGGUUAAAGACAUCCUGCAGGCCCUGUCGCAGUGAUGGCGCCCCCUACAGUCAACACCCUCCUACUGCUGCUUACCGCAUUGAUUUGCAUCUCUGUGUAGAUAUUUCGCCCACGUGGACUGGCUUGUAGCAUCAAAAAUAUACUUAGAACUGAUGUCAGAACAGCGAAAGUAACAUUGACGGCCCCGUAAUCAGGAGGUUCCUCUUAUGUUCUUCUGUUGAAUGUUGCAUGGCAUCAAAGACAGUCUUUACACCAUAAACUCAUCUGAACUACUGCACAAACCCGCAUCUAGAAGCUCGUUAGGAUAUACAGUACAUGGCCGACAGUUUUUUGGACACCACCUUGUAAUCCGCAAGUCAGUAACCAGUUAAUAAAUCCAUCUGCUCAGUGAAACAAGACUAAUAAUCAUCUGAGUGAUUGAUUCAUUUGCUGCCUUUGUGAUCUUCCUAAAAUCAAUAGAAAGUCCGUGCAGUUUAUUUUAGUGUUUAUCUUUCGCAUUUACUGAAUGCAAUGUCUUACAUCUGAUGCCAGACCACAUCCACAUGACGACAGUAGAUUUGUUUCCAGAAACCACUUCAAACUGGUUUAGAAAACAUGAACUUAGUUGAACUCCCUGGAACAUUUUCUUAUUAGUUUCACAACACAGUCACUUUCUGUUGGUUUAGCAAAAUCAAAAGCUCUAAAACACAUCAGUAUGAAUUCACUGCCUUCAUGUCCGUAGCAACAUCUCUUUCGACAGGAAGUGUAUGUAUUUUCUGUAAUUGCGAAUGUGUAACUACUGAAUUAGGACUAUGGACUUGUGUAUCUCCCGACAUUCAUCAGCUUCUUGUUCUCGUGAAGCUCUGAGAUGAAUACAAUAUCUCACAAUCCAGUUAUUUUAGAUAUUUUAAUGCAGUCUGGAGCCGUUCAUCCCAGUGAAGACACUGGUUAGUAGUUAG